AUGGCUGACUUUCUGGGUGCUAACAACUUCCGCCCGUUCACUCGAGAAUCUUUGGCGGCCAUUGAGAAACGCAUUGCAGCCAAGAAAGAUUGCGAAGACCCGCCCCCGGAAGAGAAGCCCCGCCCUCAGCUCGACCUUCAGGCUUUCCAGAAGCUUCCCGCCCUCUAUGGACAUCCUCCAUCAGAGCUCAUUGGAGAGCCCUUGGAGGACCUUGACCCUUACUACCAGGACCAUAAGACAUUUUUGGUGCUGAACAAAGGGAAGACCAUCUUUCGUUUUACAGCCACGAAUGCUUUGUACAUCUUCAGUCCUUUUCAUUCACUCAGGCGAAAAGUGAUCAAAGUUUUGGUACAUCCAUUGUUUACCUUGUUAAUCAUAUUAACCAUUUUAACGAACUGUGUCUUCAUGUGUCUUUCGGAAUCUCCAGAAACAACAGAAUCUAGGUGGUCUAAGUAUGUGGAGUACACUUUCACGGGCAUUUAUACUUUUGAAUCGAUAAUCAAAAUAUUGGCAAGAGGCUUCUGCUUGAACGAAUUUACUUUCCUCCGCGACCCGUGGAACUGGCUGGAUUUCAGCGUUAUAGUGAUGGCGUUUGUGGGAGAGUUUGCAAAUCUAGGCAGUGUUUCUGUUCUUCGGAUGUUCCGGGUGCUGAGAGCUUUGAAAACAAUUUCCAUCAUCCCAGGUCUGAAGGUCAUCGUAGGCGCUCUUGUCCAAUCUGUUAAGAAACUGGCAGAUGUGAUGAUCUUGACGGUGUUCUGCCUGAGCGUCUUCGCCCUCAUCGGCCUUCAGCUCUUUAAGGGACAUUUGAGACACAAAUGUGUCAAGAACUAUACGCUGUAUCUCCAUCAGAACAAUAUAACAGAGUUGCCCGUCGGUGGUGAUGAUGUUCUAAGAGAUUUCCUAAGAGAACGGAACUUGUCUUCGUUUUAUGAUUUCAUCAGGAAAGAAGGUAACAAUGAGUUUUUAUUGUGUCAAAUGGGUACGGACACUGGCUCCUGCCCAAAAUCCUACGAAUGCAUGAAGAUUGGAGACAACCCCGACGAAGGCUUCACAAGUUUUGAUACUUUUGGCUGGGCCUUCCUCUCGCUGUUCCGCCUCAUGACCCAGGAUUACUGGGAGCGCCUCUAUCAACAGACCCUCCGAGCUUCUGGGAAGAUCUACAUGCUGUUCUUUGUGCUGGUCAUCUUCCUGGGAUCGUUCUACCUGGUCAACUUGAUCUUAGCUGUGGUCACCAUGGCCUACGAAGAGCAGAGCAAAGCCACGGUUGCCGAAACGGAGGCGAAAGAGAGGAAAUUCCGCGAAGCCAUGGAGCUGCUGAAGAAAGAGCACGAGGAAUUAACUGCUAAAGAAGAUGACAGCGUAUCUAAUAGUUCCUUGGAACCAUCACCGGUGGCAUCUAAAGCGGUCAAAGAACGAAGCAACAGGUUAAAGCAAAGGAUGUCUCUGGGGAUGGAGGAUUAUGGGGAAGAUCCAAAAAUCUCCAAGUCACAGUCUAUUGAAAGCCAUCGCAAAUCGGCUCUGUUUAGCCACAACUACGGUCCUAGUUCGAACCCCAUGAAGCGCCGUCCCAGUCACGGAAGUGUGUUCAAUUUCCAUAUAUCUGGACGCGAGCUUGGCUCAAGGUCUGAUGGUGGAGAGGAUGAAUCCAGCAGCGUUGGAGAGGCCGAGGUCCAGCGUGGUUCAUUGUUUGCUGCCCGAAUGGGUCGACGGCACAGCGUCCAAAGUCAAGCCAGCUACAGCCCUCGCCCUGCCACUCCAAACUGCACACAGCCUGGCAGAUGGACCUCAGGAGACGAUUGUAACGGGAUGGUCUCAUCGAUGGGAGGCGGCGGCGUGAGGCCGUUUAGCCCUGAGACUGUUUCUGGCGAAGGGCUGUUGCUUCCUCCAGGGAGGGGAAAUCGUGGCAAAGGUGAUCUGACUCCUUCCUACGAUGAAGCCAACAAGAGGCAGCACUCCCAGCGUCUAUCGGUGGACCAUUAUAAUCAGCCCCUUCAGAGAGAAAGGGCAGCCAGUGCAGUCAGCAUCAUCACCAGUGCGAUGGAAGAACUUGAAGAAUCAAAGCGUAAAUGCCCACCGUUCUUGCACGAAUUGGCUCUCAAAUACCUUGUUUGGAACUGUUGUCCACUGUGGGUGAAGAUAAAGAAGAAAGUGAAUGCUUUGGUUUCAGAUCCAUUCACUGACCUCACAGUCACACUUUGCAUUGUGGUGAAUACUCUUUUCAUGGCACUGGAGCACUAUAAAAUGACCACUGGUUUCAAGACCAUGCUGUCAACAGGUAACACGGUUUUUGCCGUGAUUUUUACGGCAGAGAUGGUCCUGAAAAUCAUUGCUAUGGAUCCUUAUCACUACUUCCAGCAGCGAUCUAAUAUCUUCGACAGCGUGAUUGUCUUCCUGAGCCUCGUAGAACUGCUCAUUCCCAAAGAAACGACCAAAGGAAAAAGUCGGGGGAAAGGGAGUCUCACCGUCUUACGUUCCUUGAGGCUGCUGAGAGUCUUCAAGUUGGCCAAGUCCUGGCCAACUUUAAACACCCUGAUAAAAAUAAUCCUAAACUCGGUGGACGCUCUGGGCAACCUCACCCUUGUCUUGGCCAUUAUUGUCUUUAUUUUUGCGGUGGUCGGAAUGCAGCUCUUUGGGGUCCACUAUAGGCACAAGUAUGGGAAUAGAACCGAGGACAACCUCACACCCCGGUGGCACAUGAUGGAUUUUUUCCAUUCCUUCCUCGUCAUCUUCCGCAUUCUGUGCGGCGAGUGGAUCGAGACCAUGUGGGAUUGCAUGACAGUCGCUUAUCAACCGCUGUGCCUGCUUGUCUUCUUGCUGGUCAUGGUGAUCGGAAAUUUAGUGGUGCUCAAUUUAUUCAUUGCGCUGCUGUUGAACUCCUUCAGUGCGGACAACCUCCAACUCCCCGAGGAAGACAAAGAAAUGAACAAUCUCCAGAUUGCUUUUGCUCGGAUCCACAAAGGACUUCAAGUCGCCAAACGCACCAUGCUGGCUUACUGUUUCAAAGUGCUCCGGUACCCGCGGAAAGUAUCGCAAAAGAAGGUGAAAUGCGAGACCGAGAAAAACUGGGUGGAGCUUCAAAAAGAUGGCCAAGUGGCCAAUGAGAUUCACGGGAGCAGGGAGCACGAGAAGAACCGUGAGAGGGGCUCAGCAGACACUCUGGACGAUUUUAUCAACAACCCCAGGAUGUUUGUCUGCGUUCCGAUCGCUGAGGCGGAGUCCGAUAGCGAGGCUUCCGAAGAUACUGGGGAUAAACUGGAUACAGUUGUGGAGGUAGACUAUAAUAAGCAGGAAACUCAGUUGCGAAUGCGAGGAGACCGAAGCAAGAGCUCGGAUGCCUGGAGCCGAACAUCCGAACUCUCGACUCCUGAAGAGCUCAGCAUGACAUGGAAACCCGAGUCUUCGUCGCAUGAACAAAAAGAGAAGGCUGACAGUAGCAGCUCGUCUGAAGGCAGCACGGUGGACUUGACAGAUCCUGAGGAAAUGCUGAAGCAUAAUCCCGAAUUCACUGAAAACUCGAAGGAACCCGAUGAUUGUUUUCCAGGAAGAAUCACUCAGCGUUUUCCUUGGUGUUCGGUGAAUACCACGAAGUUUCCAGGCAAAGUGUGGUGGAAUUUAAGAAAGACGUGCUACCAAAUUGUCGAACACAACUGGUUCGAAAGCUUCAUUGUGUUCAUGAUUCUGCUCAGCAGCGGAGCUUUGGCAUUUGAAGACAUACACUUGAGCGAGAGAGGGAAGGUUAAAACUAUGCUAGACUAUGCUGACAAGAUAUUCACUUACAUCUUCAUCCUCGAGAUGCUGUUGAAAUGGGUGGCUUACGGAUUCUACAAAUAUUUCACCAACGCAUGGUGCUGGCUCGAUUUCCUAAUUGUGGAUGUCUCCUUAGUAACUCUCAUAGCCAGUCUGGUUGGCAAAUCAGACAUGGGUCACAUGAAGUCCCUCCGGACCUUACGAGCCCUGAGGCCGUUAAGAGCGCUGUCGCGAUUUGAAGGGAUGAGGGUGGUGGUCAAUGCACUGGUCGGAGCAAUCCCUUCCAUCAUGAACGUUCUCUUGGUCUGCCUCAUUUUUUGGCUGAUCUUCAGCAUCGUGGGAGUCAAUCUGUUUUCGGGGAAGUUUGGAAAAUGCGUCAAUUUUACGGAAGAGGGUUCUGAUUUAACCCCCCUGGUGAAAAACAGGAGCGAUUGUGAAAAAUUCAAUCACACUCAAAGAAUAUACUGGACAACUGUGAAAGUGAACUUUGAUAAUGUCGCCUCUGGUUAUUUGGCGCUCCUUCAAGUGGCAACGUUCAAGGGUUGGAUGGAUAUAAUGUAUGCAGCGGUUGAUGCCACCGGGGACGAACGGCAGCCUGCUUUCGAAAACAGCUUGUACAUGUACCUCUAUUUUGUGAUUUUUAUCAUCUUCGGCUCCUUCUUCACGAUGAACCUUUUCGUUGGGGUCAUCAUUGACAAUUUUAACCAACAAAAGAAAAAGAUAAGUGGAGAAGACAUUUUUAUGACCGAGGAGCAGAAAAAAUAUUAUAACGCCAUGAAAAAACUGGGAUCCAAGAAACCCCAAAAGCCCAUCCCGAGACCCCUGAACAAGUACCAAGGAUUCAUUUUUGACAUUGUAACUCGACAAGCCUUCGACGUUGGCAUCAUGCUCCUCAUCUGCCUUAACAUGGUCACUAUGAUGGUGGAGACGGACGACCAAUCCGAACAGAAGACGUACGUCCUCAAGCAAAUCAACAUCCUCUUCAUCACCGUCUUCACGGUGGAGUGUGUCAUGAAGAUCAUCGCUCUGAGAUACUACUUCUUCACAAACGGAUGGAAUAUUUUCGACCUGGUGGUUGUCGUCAUGUCUCUUGUUGGCAGCGUGAUUUCCAACCUCGUGGGCUCUUUCUCACCCACGCUGUUCCGGGUAAUCCGCUUGGUUCGGAUAGGACGAAUACUCAGACUCAUUCGGUCGGCCAGAGGAAUCCGGACCCUCCUUUUUGCCUUGAUGAUGUCACUUCCGGCCCUGUUCAAUAUCGGCCUCCUGCUCUUCUUGGUCAUGUUCAUCUAUGCUGUUUUUGGCAUGGCCAACUUUGCCUACGUUAGAAGGGAGGCUGGGAUCGAUGACAUGUUCAAUUUUGAGACCUUUGGUAACAGCAUGCUCUGCCUUUUCCAAAUCACUACUUCCGCCGGCUGGGACGGGCUGCUCAGCCCCAUGUUAAACACGGGCCCGCCGUACUGUGAUCCCAACCGCAACGUUCACUCCUCGACGUUCUCCAGGGGAGACUGUGGGAGCCCAGCCAUGGGCAUCAUCUUCUUUGUUACGUACAUCAUCAUCUCCUUCCUCAUAGUUGUGAACAUGUACAUAGCUGUGAUUCUAGAGAACUUCAACGUUGCCACAGAGGAGAGCACCGAACCUUUAGGGGACGACGACUUUGAGAUGUUCUACGAAGUGUGGGAGAAGUUUGAUCCUAAAGCCACCCAGUUCAUCACCUACUCUAAACUGUCAGACUUUGCAAAUACACUGGCGGAGCCUUUGCGCAUCCCCAAGCCCAACAAACUGGAGCUGACGGUGAUGGACCUUCCCUUGAUGAGCGGUGAGAAGAUUCACUGCUUGGACAUCCUGUUUGCCUUCACCAAAAGGGUGCUUGGAGACUCUGAGGGGAUGGAUGCUCUGAAGGUGCAGAUGGAGGAAAAAUUCAUGGCUGCCAACCCUUCCAAGGCUUCUUACGAGCCCAUCAGCACCACGCUCCGGCAGAAACACGAAGAGGCGUCUGCCGCAAUCAUACAGAAGGCCUUCCGGGUCCAUUUGCUCCAACGUUCCAUGAAGCAGGGCUGUUUCCUGCACCGCCAUGAAUCUUUUGAUGGUGAGAUCCUUGAAGAAGACGCUCCAGAGAAAGGAGGCCUUGCACUGACGAUGAAUGGAAACUAUAUCAGCAAUCCAGACAAAUCCCGGACACCCUCUUUACAAUCUUUCCCACCGUCCUACAGCAGUGUUACUGGUGCCAUUGAGGACGCCCCUGAGAAGGAAACAGCAGAAUCGCCAAAUACGGACCGUCAGUUGCUUCCACACGAAGGCAGGGAGUCCGGCAUGUAAAUAUUUGUCUAAAAUAGCUUAAGUAAAUACAAAGAUACCGGGUGGCAAAGACACCGAGCAGUCGUCUCUAAAAUCCAUGCAAGAAUCUGUGGGGCUCUGCUCUUUCAAUUAUGGACAUCUGGUUUUGUUUUGGAUUGAUCUGGGGCUUGCCAUUGUUCAUUUAUUUGGAUGCAUGCAUAGGACGGAUCUGUGACGGUUCAUCAUAACCA